UUCACGCAUUUUCAGGCCACAUGAGUUCUUGAACCUGAUGAAUGAUGGGAUGCACUUGGCCUCAAAAACGUGAUAUUAGAGAUAGUGUGGGUUAAGGGCACUGAGCAUUGUUUUUUUUUACGCACUUAUUGCAUGCACACAUUCUGAAGUGCCUAGGCCGCAAGUGUGGUACUGGGACAGACACAUACUGUGAAAAUCCACUGGAAAUAGUAUACCAUCCGGACAGUUUUAAAGUACUACUUUCAACACUGCUGUAAAACAGAUACGUGACUUUAACCGAACCGUCUCUUCCUGCAGCGACUGCCAUGACCACAGACGAGGCGGAGAGCGUUCAUAAGAAACAGGUGUGCGAGCAGCAGCAGGAAGAGGAGGACCCCGCUGCACAGGAGCCAGGCCCCGCUGACACCGCUCAGGACAGCCCCUCCGGCACCUCGCCGCCCCCUGGGGGUUCGGAGGAGGAACAGCAGCUGAAGCCGCGUCAGCGCACCUCCACUGGCCGCGGCCUCUCCCGCCUCUUCUCCUCCUUCCUGAAGCGCCGCUCACAGUGCUCUGAGGGCGAGGGGGUGGAGACGGAGAGGGCCCGGGAGAAGAACAGCCAGGAAGAACCCAAAGCUCCCAUAGCGGACCCUGAGCCAGAACUGCGCAUAGAGGGCGAUGUUGCUCUAGACCAGCACUCAGUCAGCAGUGCUGAAAACCAGCAAAUCGUAGCGGAUCAGAAGGAAGACGCCGAGCUGGAGUCCGGUAAGGGAGAAAUGGGGGAGAAGGGGGAAAAGAAGGAGAAGAAGGAAAAGAAGAAAGAGAAGAAGGAGAAAGCAGAUAAGGAGAAGCCGGAGAAGAAGGAGAAGCCAGAGAAGAAGGAGAAGCCAGAGAAAAAAGAGAAAGCAGAGAAGAAGGAGAAAAAAGAGAAGAAGGAGAAGAAAAACGAGGACAAGGCCAAAGGAGAGGAGGGAGAGAAAGACAAGGAACGCGAGAAGGAAAAAGAGAAAGUAGAGGAAGAGGCCAAGCCGGAAGAUGCAUGUGCGGCAGAAACAGAAGUAAAGGAGGAAGGAGAAAAAGAGGAAGAGAAACAGGAGGAGAACAUGGUGGAGGAGGAGGAGGAGGAGGAGGAGGAGGGGAAGAAGCAGAAAGCAUCUCGCCGCCCCAGGAUCAUGCACUGCAAAGUCAAGCUGCUGGAUGAUUCUCUCUUCGAGUGUGAGCUGGAAAAACAUGCCAAAGGCCAGGAUCUGUUUGCAAAAGUGUGCGACCACCUGAACCUAUUAGAGAAGGACUAUUACGGUCUGGCCAUAUGGGAGACGCCAACCAUAAAGACAUGGCUGGACUUCACCAAGGAGAUCAGGCGGCAAGUACAAGGCAGCAACUAUGAUUUCACAUUCAAUGUGAAGUUCUACCCACCUGAUCCAGCCCAGCUAUCAGAAGACAUCACCAGGUACUACUUGUGUUUGCAGCUGCGGAAGGACAUCAAGAACGGCUGUCUGCCCUGCUCUUUCGUGACCCUGGCCCUUCUGGGCUCUUACGCCCUGCAGUCUGAGCUGGGCGAGUACGACCCCGAGGUGCACGGCACUGACUAUGCCAAGGAGCUCCAGCUCAUCCCAGGACAGACCAAAGAGCUGGAGGAGAAAGUCAUGGAGCUUCACCGCACAUACAGAUCUAUGAGUCCGGCUCAGGCUGAUAUGAUGUUCCUGGAGAAUGCUAAAAAACUGGCCAUGUAUGGUGUUGAUCUCCACCAGGCAAAGGAUCUGGAUGGAGUGGAUAUAAUGCUGGGCGUUUGCUCCAGUGGCCUGAUGGUGUAUAAGGACAAGCUGAGGAUUAAUCGAUUCCCCUGGCCGAAAGUUCUCAAAGUCUCCUACAAACGCAGCAGUUUCUUCAUCAAGAUACGGCCAUCUGACCUGGAACAUUACGAAAGCGCCAUUGGCUUUAAACUGCCCAACUACAAGGCCGCCAAGAAACUGUGGAAAGUGUGUGUGGAGCAUCACACAUUCUUCAGGUUGACGUCCACAGAAGCGGCCACCACUCCCAGGAAGUUCCUGGCUCUGGGAUCGAAGUUCCGCUACAGCGGCCGAACUCAGGCCCAGACCCGCCAGGCCAGCUCCGUGAUUGACCGACCCGCUCCGCAUUUCCAGCGCUCCGCCAGUAAGAGGGCAUCCCGCAGCUUAGAUGGAGCCAUGGUCUCGACCCCAGAUAAGAACGCCCGUCCCGUCAGCGCUCCUAUCAUAUCUCCCAUCUCUCCAGGCGACAUGGCUCCUUCCCCAGUAGCAUCUGCCGCCCACACUGACCGUAAAGAGAUGUCCACGCCCACGGGCCGUCCACGCUCCACUGAGAGGAAGAGUGAGGUGAAGGCAGAUGGCUCCAAAACACACAGCACCAAAGCAGAGGGCACACCUGAAAUCAAGAUGGUAGCCCGGCGAGAACGGCGGCAUCGUGAUGCCCCAGUGGUGAUGGCCACCAAUGGGGAGAGAAAGAGCCAGUCGCCACGGGCGGACACAAAGAUGGUGUGCAUGAGGAAGAAAAGAGCUAAGAAAUUUGAGGGUGAAGCUAUUUAUAUCAGACAUAGCAAUUUAAUGUUGGAGGACGUGGAUAAGACACAGACACAAAUCAUGCGUCAUCACACCAGUAUCAGCGAGCUCAAGCGAAGCUUCAUGGAGUCGGUGCCCGAGCCGAGGCCCAGCGAGUGGGACAAGCGUCUGUCCACUCACUCGCCCUUCCGCACCGCCAGCUUCAACGGCCAGCUGCAGCCCGACUCUCCUGUGGUGAAGACGAAAACGAUCACCAUUUCUGAUGUCACCAACUCCCUCCGCAGCGAAAUCGCCAGCAAGGACAUCCCGAUUGUGCAUACAGAGACCAAGACCAUCACAUAUGAGUCUGCACAGCCCAACGCGGUGUCAGAGAAGGAGUCUGGGAUGCUGUUGAGUGCUCAGACCAUCACUUCAGAGACUGUCAGCACCACCACCACAACCCAGAUCACCAAGACGGUGAAAGGCGGGAUCUCAGAGACCCGUAUCGAGAAGAGAAUCGUGAUCACUGGGGACACUGAGAUUGACCAUGAUAAGGCUCUUGCUCAGGCUAUAAAGGAGGCGAAGGAGCAGCACCCUGAUAUGUCUGUGACGAAAGUGGUGGUGCAUCAGGAAACAGAGAUCACCCCUGAGUAACUCCUGCAUGAGACACAGAUGGUUGCUGAUCUAGCUUUGAUCUCACAUCAACGCAGGGUGAAAAAACGGGACCAGUCGGGUUUAUGAAUGUUAAAAAACAACGCAAGAUCCCUCACAUCCAGCCUCCUACCAUCAACCCAUCAACCCUCACGGACAAACUCUUCCUGUAGCAGCGCAUGUCCCACCCAGCCAUUGCCAUCUGAGACACCACUUUCCAGACCCUAAACAUCUGUCAGAUUUCAAGCGUCUCGUACUGCAAACUGAGCAUCCAGCAUCUACUCCAGAAGCAGAAUUCAAAGACCAGUUCUCAUCCACUUCUCAACACCUCAGACAGACUUUUUCCAAAAAUCCUGCCUGACCUCCACCACAUCAAAGACAUUCCAUGACGGACUGAACCAUGUUUUCUCAAAACUUUUUAUCUCAAAUUCAUACGGUAUUUUUUGGGUGGAUUCCAAAAGGAUGGUUCACAUAAUAACAACUGGGCGGUGGGAAUUUUCUAAAGUGUCAAUAUGUUGUUGUUGUUUAAUUUUUUUAAAGCUUAAUUUAAUAUUUUUUGUUGUUGUUGCAAUUGGUUGAUUAUCUGUCACAAUCUGAAGAAUCACAAUCUGAAACACUUAAAGGGGACGUUCACCCAAAAUUCAAAUUCCUCAUUUAGUGAUGCAAAGCUAUAUCUUAGCAUUUUCUUUUCUCAAUGGAACAAAAAAUUCUAAGUUUAGCAGAAUAUUCACGCUGCUCUUUUCCAUUCUUUUUCAAGAAAUUUGAAGACUUAUAUUUAGGGAAAGUUCACCCAAAAUUGAAAAAUCUGUCAUCGUUUACUCAAUGUCGUUCCAAACCAGUAUGACUUACUUUUUGAUAGAUAUUUUGAGAAGACAUUUUUUGAUAAUCAGUAGUCACUGAAACUGUUUGAUUACCGACAUUCUUCAAAAUAUCUUCUUUUGUGUUCCAUGCAUCAUACAGGUUUGGAAUGACAUGGUGGUGAGAAAUUGAGGAUUUUAUUUUAUUUUUAUCUUUUGGUGAACUAUCCCUUUAAGUAGUUGUCAUUCUCUAAUUUCUUUUCUGGCCACUUGCAUUCAAAUUUGACAGGUUUAAAGUUGUAAAGUUGCAAUGUUUGAACAUGCAAAUAACAUUUAAGUAUUGCUGAGGAGGGGAAAAUUUCAGUGAUUACAUUUCAAUUGUUCCUUACACAAAACUAUCAUAUGACUAUAUAGGACUUAGGUUUAUGGUGCAUGAGGCACAUGACUGCUUUUUCACACUUUUAUGGUGUUCAUUUUUUGGAACUAAACAGUCCCGGGCCCCUUUCGCUUUCAUUGUAUGGAAAAGAGCAGCCAUGAACAUUGUGCUAAACAUCUGAAUUCCUCAGAAGAAAGAAAAGUUUGGAAAGUACAUGGAGAAUAAAUUACAGGAUUUUCAUUUUUGGGUGAACUGUUCCCAAUCCAGAAUACAUCAUGUUGUAAAGUCCCAUAUUUUAUGUUCCUCUUAAAUGUGAAAGUAUUAUUUUGUUCUCAUGUGAUGUAAAAUAAUGUGUUAUUUUCAUUCAGAAUGCUGGAGCAAUUUCAGAUGUUCUCUCGUGUUUUAAAGUUACAUUACUUGGCAUAUUUGUUGAAGGCUUGAAUCAUUUUUCUUUUGUUUUGUUGGUAAUGUUGUCCUGUGUCAUCGUGGAUUGGGGGUCCAAUGAAGAUGGGGUGAAACUACACUCUAUGAUAUUUCUAUUUAUUUUCAUCAGUUUUGUUUCUCGUUUGUGUGUACUUUGCAUUUUAGAUGCCCUGCUCUCUUAAAUUCAGCUUUGAUGUUUUGUAUUAGAUCCAGAAUCCCAAACACCAGCUCCCGCCAGUUUUUAAAUGGGAUUUGCAGGGAUAACUCUGCUCAUUUUCAGUAUAUUUCUACUUUUCUACUAGAGGGGGCAGUAUGUUCUUACCCAUGAGGUCUAUACCAGAUCUGCAAAGCCUUCAAAACGAGCAUCCACACACAACCUGAAGUGGUUUUAGAUGAAUUGGAAUCAAUUAGCCAUGAACGGAGCUAAUUAGCAAUUAUAGUAAUUAAUUGUGAAAGCAAUCAGACAGAUUCUACAGCAAAUUAAAAUGAGUCUCAGUCAUUCAUUGAGACAUUCAAAUGACUUUAAAGGUCAAGACUGACAAUUCAGGUGCGGUAAUUCAAUUCUAGAAAAUCAAAGUGGGAAAUUGAGGAUUUUAUAUUGUGCAUCAACACUGCCGAUUGCGUAAAGCGUACUGCCCCACGUCAAACUGACGAGUCCAGCACGUCCUGUUUUUAAAUGUCUUUUACAAUGUUAAGCUUUUAUAAUAGUUCAAAUAGUAUCCUGUACAGCGACCGAGGUGUUGUAGUUCGUUCAGUGUGUUGUUUUCUUCAUUGUGGCACUCCUUUCCUAUGCUAGUCUGGGGUGAGGAAAAGAAAAGAGUCGUACGUUUUUCCUCAGAGGUUCUUUUUCUUCUCAUCGCACCCCUCUUUCUUUUGCCAUCACUGAAAAAAAUGUACAAUAUAGCACCAUGCACUGAAUAAACUCCAACUUAGACACAUUCUUCA